AUGAACUGGCCUGCAUUAGAAAGCGACCCUGAAAUUUUUACUCAAUAUUUCCGUACAAUUGGGUUGAGUAGCCAAUGGGAAUUUUCUGAAAUUUUUUCUUUUGAUGAAGAAGUAGAAGGAAGCGCGAUACUUUUGGCUUAUAAAUUUUAUGCAUUUUAACUUGAUUUUUCCAAUAGGAAUUUGCUUUAAGAUGGUUUAAGGGAAAAUAAGGGUAAAAAGGAUAUGAGCAAAGCUCUGUUUUUGAAGGAGAGCCAAUUCAAUUAGAAAAUUUUAUAAAGCAAACACCUGUAUUAGACAAUGCGUGCGGAUUAAUUGCUGCAUUGCAUGGAAUUUUUGCUGCAAAUGCAGAUCUUCAAGAAGGAAGCAUAUUAUUUGAGAUAAAAUCACAGAUUGCUAACUACUCCCUUUAAAUUGAAACAAAAAAUCCUAUUCCAAUAUAAAGGGGGGCUAAUUUUUUUUAAAAAAAAAUAUACUUUUUAUAUUUUUUAAAAGCUUAAAAAAUAUAUAUUGAGAACAAUACUUUUACUUUUUAAUUUAUUUUUACAAAGAAAUAACUAAAAAAAUUAAUUGAUUAGUGUGAAAAAUGUUUAAACAAUAGCUUUCUGCUUGCAUUUUAUAAAUUUUUCUUUUGAAAAACAAAUUUUGUUUUAUUUAAAGGGGUUAAAGUACCUAAAAAUUGUAAAUUUUACCGCUGUUUUGCUCUAAUUUAUAGAGGGUGAGUAAUAAAAGUCCUUUAGAAGCUGCUGAGGUUAUUAUUAAUAACCAAGCCUUGCAUGAUAUUCAUUUACAAUUUGCAGCAGAAGGUCAAUCAGAAAUAACUGACUGUCCGAAUUAUCAUUUUGUUGUGCUUUUGCCUGGGUUUAUAUUAUAUGAUGGAAUCAAAAAUAAUCCAAUUCGGCUACCCUGUGAAGGGAGCUUGUCUAUGGGAUUUUUUAAUUUAGUGAAACAGUUGAUUGAGACUGAAAGGAUUGCUGAGGAUAUGAAUAUGAUGGUUCUUAACUCCCCACCUCUGUGAGCGAACAAACCAUUGGAAGAAUUGAUAUUUUUUUGGUAAAAUCCCGCUCUCCAUAACGAACAAAUAUUGUUUUAAUAUAAAAAUUUGUUUAUGAAAAAAAUAUUUUGAUAUAUAAGUGAUAAUGAAAUCUCUCUCAAAUUCUGUUAAUUUUAAUUAGCUUGUAUUUUAAAACAUAAUUUUUUACAAAUUAAAUUAAUAUUUGCUUUAAAAAUUAUUUAGAAAUAAGUUUUUUUGAGUUUUGGAAAAAAAUUAAACUAUAAAAUUUAUUUAACAAAUUUUUUUUUCACUCAGUGAGGGGGAGUAUUUAA